AUGGUGAGAACGAUACGAUCUGCUAGAGGCAAAGCAGCGCCGGAGGCGGGCGGCCGGACGACCGGCGGCAGUCGUGCGGACGGCCUGAGCUCGCUAUUUGAAAACAUUAGCGAGUUAGGGUUGGGCGUGCUGAGUGAACUCGAGGUCAAUGUUAAAGAUAGAACUAUACAUUUUUUGGAGGACGAAGGUAUUAAUAAAAAUAAAGAGAAUGAAUUAAACAAAGAAAAUGGACUUUCUAAAUGUGAUACUGUUAACGAUAUACACUUAGAUAGAAAUAAUUUUCAUGUAUUACAAAACGAUUCUAAAACCACCGAAAAUAUCGAAGGUGACCAAAGCAAACAAGAGGAUAACAAUCAAAUAAAUCAAAACGAUACAAAUUACCGAGAACAAGAAAAAAUAACGACUUUAAAAGAAGUUGUUGAUCACGUUCUGUCAAACAAUGUUUUGGAAAAGCACGAAAACAUAGAAAAGAAUUCUUCUGAAACGAAUCUUAGUCAAGUAGAAGUUAUAGAACAUGAGACUGACACUCAAGUCGAACAUAGCAUAGAUGAAACGUCUUCAGUAACCGCCCCGGAAGAGAUCAAAGAAGAAAUAGAGGAGUUAGCAAGUCCGAGCCAGUCGGAGUGCAGCCGCGCGACGCGCUGGGAGGCGCUGGCCGACAUGGCCGCCGAGCUACCGCCGUCGCUUACCGUAGACCCCAUCACCGGACAAAUUUAUGCACUCAGCAAAUGACAUACCCAUCGCAAUAUUAG